AACUGCGUUGGGCAAAAAAACGUUUUGCUUACGCGUCCCCUCUCUCUCUCUCUCUCUCGUUGAAAACCCAAUGCCCCGUUGAGCCAUAUCAUAACAGCCACAUCAAAACCAGAGAGGCAAAUAUAAUUCCAUCAGCUUAAAAGGACACCGAAGGAGAGAGAGAUAAAAUCCUAACGGCAUAAAAUGGAGCGGAAGGGUGGAUUUUUUCUUUCCAUUUGAGCUCUCUUUCAGUUAGGACUGUGGUUGAUCUUGUGGUGGAAGCCUAUUCAUAUCCUGGUCGUCCUAUCGAAAUUCAGGGAGUCUACUAAGAUAAGGGCAAGCACCAGUGCUUAAAGGGAGAAAGGCAAGCAGCAGAGCUUAAUUUUGCCAAUGGUUUCAAUAGCAAUUCGGGGCAUUUGUACUACUGCAAACACUCCUCGUCUCACCAAGUUUAUUCUUCAUCCCCCUGGCUGGGUAGAGGUGGAAUUUGGUGAUCGGAGCACAUUUAGUCUCUCUGCUGAAUUUCUACGAAUAUAUAGCCCUGCUGUCAAUAGCAAGGUUCGGACAAUGGGAGGUGAAAAGGUGAUAUGUGGUCGUCGUCAUGUGGGUAUCAUGUCCGCACAACCUGUGGGAAAUUAUGGAGUAAGAAUACUCUUCGAUGAUUUGCACAAAACCGGUAUAUAUACAUGGGAUUACCUUUAUCAUCUGGGGAGCUACAAGUUUACCCUUGUGAGGGAGUACAUCAGAAGUUUAAAAAAGCAUGGACUUUCACGGGAACCCAGUUGUGGAAGAUGAAUUGACGCUCCCAGUAUGUCUUGAAAACUAGAGUAUUUCAAGUUUCUAUUGUACUAGAAAGUUUUGAGCUUUAUGUGGUGGUGCAAAUGUCCUAGUCUAUGAGCGUUUUCGUAUCUUGUUUGGUUUUUAUUUGUUAUUGACUACAAUGGAAGACAAAUUGUGUGUAUCCUUGCGGAAGAGAGAGAAAGGACAGAUGCGGCCCUCCUAUGCUUGACCUAUAUUCUGUGGAUGCUUUUACUUAAAGCUAGCUGUCUAGGCAGUCCAGGGAACCACAUGGGCCUAUAUUCACACCUACAGGGCCCCGCAGGACACCCUGAAGAAGAUUUAAAAGUAGAAGAAGACGGUGAUGGGCCCUGAAUAGAGAGGAAGAAAGAGAAAGAGGGUGGCCUCGAAGUCUUCUCCGAGUCCUCUACAUGUAAGAAGCAAUCAUUUUAUAUCAGCUGUGAAGGAACUAUCUGAUGAUGGAAAGGGACGAUCACUGCCCAAUACGCAUUUCUAAAAACACGCGUUAUGUAAGUUGCAUGUUAAUUUACAAGAUAGUGAUGUAGAAGAA